GGGCAAAAUUUUACUAAAAUACAAUUAAUGCCUGAUAAUACAAUAGCGGUAGGAGGUGCUUGCCUAAAUUUUAAUCUUGCUAAAUUCAGUCAAGAACAUUCAAUCAGUGGUUUGGAAUUUUUAAUUGGAAUUCCCGGCACUGUGGGCGGCGGAGUGAUAAUGAAUGCGGGCUCUUAUAAUUCCGAAUUUAAGGAUAUUAUACUAAGUAUUGAAGCUAUAACUACACGAGGGGAGUUUAUUACUAUUACUAAUGAAGAAAUAGGCUUUAAGUAUCGUGGCACUAAUUUACCCAAGGAUUUGAUUAUCAUUAAGGCUAUUGUAAAAGGGACAAUAGGUAAUAAGGAGGUGAUUACCACCACGAUGAAUACAAUAAGUAACACUAGACAAGCUACUCAGCCUAUUAAAGAACGUACAGGAGGUAGUACCUUUGCAAAUCCUACACAUUGUAAAGCAUGGCAAUUAAUUGAUCAGGCUGGGAUGAGAGGAUAUCAAGUUGGAGGAGCUGCAAUAUCUAGCUUACAUUGUAAUUUUAUGAUAAAUCAAGGUAAUGCGUCUGCUUAUGAUUUAGAAACUUUAGGAGAGUUGGUUAGAGAGAAAGUACUUCAAGAUAGCGGGAUUAGCUUGGAAUGGGAGAUUAAACGGAUAGGAAAAUAUGCAUAA